GCGGCAUCGGCGCCAUUUUGCCGGAGCCUGUGACCGAGUGGGAGUGGAGUGGAGCGGCUGUUGUUGCCGACUCUUUCCUCCUCCCCACGGUCCAGUCAGCUGGUUGAUUAGGCCAUCGGCCCUCAAGCCGAGACCUGUCUCUUAUUUAGUUCUGGGGAGUGCCUGGCCGACAUGAGUGAUGUAGAGGAGAACAACUUCGAGGGCAGAGAGUCUCGCUCUCAGUCAAAAUCUCCAACGGGAACUCCUGCUCGUGUAAAAUCGGAGAGCAGGUCAGGAUCUCGUAGUCCAUCAAGAGUUUCCAAACACUCUGAAUCCCAUUCUCGAUCAAGAUCAAAAUCCAGGUCGAGGUCAAGGAGGCAUUCUCAUAGACGUUACACUCGAUCCAGAUCCCAUUCUCACUCUCAUAGGAGACGAUCUCGAAGUAGGUCCUAUACACCAGAAUACCGGCGUCGCAGGAGCCGAAGUCAUUCUCCAAUGUCUAACCGGAGAAGACAUACAGGCAGCAGGGCAAAUCCAGAUCCCAACACGUGUCUAGGAGUGUUUGGCCUCAGUUUGUACACAACAGAGAGAGAUCUUCGCGAAGUAUUUUCUCGAUAUGGACCGUUGAGUGGUGUCAAUGUGGUUUAUGACCAGCGAACUGGACGAUCACGAGGAUUUGCUUUUGUUUAUUUCGAGAGAAUAGAUGACUCAAAGGAGGCUAUGGAAAGGGCAAAUGGAAUGGAGCUGGAUGGUAGAAGAAUUCGUGUAGAUUAUUCUAUCACCAAGAGAGCGCACACACCUACACCAGGCAUAUACAUGGGCAGACCAACUCAAGUUUUCACAUUUUUCUGUAGCAGUGGUGGUGGAGGUGGUGGUGGUGGAGGUGGAGGUGGAGGAGGUGGCAGACGUCGAGAUUCUUACUAUGAUAGAGGAUAUGAUCGUGGGUACGACAGAUACGAAGACUAUGAUUACCGGUACAGAAGAAGAUCGCCUUCUCCUUACUAUAGUCGAUACAGAUCACGAUCAAGAUCUCGUUCCUACAGCCCAAGACGCUAUUGAUAAACAGAGUGGUUGCAGUUGAGGACAUCUUUUUCUUUCUUUUUUUUCCCUUUCUCUUUUUUUGUUUAAUUCUGGAUUUCCCCAAGCUUCUAAUCCUUCCUACUCCUUAAAAAGAACCCUUACAAACAUCUUUGGUUUAUUUAGCAUCUACACUUUGUCGAUUGUAUUGCUGUUUUCACCCCUUUUAUUAUAUUCUUAAAGAUGUAAUUGUCAUUUUGAGUAGUUAAGCAUCUUGAGUAAAAAAGGAACCCCCAGUGUUAUGCUUUUGUAAAUGUUUUUUUGUUUGUUUGUUGCUUUUACAGAAAAUUAACUCCUGCCUAAUCGAAUGAGGAAAGAAAUGAUCUUUUUAAAGCUUCUUUUGUGUUAGAUAUUGUAUUAGACAUGGUAUUAGAGAGCUGCAUUUACUACAAACUCCUUUUUUAACUUUCUUUUGGGAAAGUUAGUAACAUAAAGUAGUUCGGUCAUGUCAGGUUUGUCUGGGGUGGCAUGGAGCAAUCAAAUAAUUGAGUGUAGAAAGUUUGAAGCUAUAGAAGGAAACACUUGGUCAUUUCUUUUGAAGAACGGAAUUUUUGAGCCCUAAAAAAUAUGUCGUUUUUUUAGAGAUGAAAAGCUUGUGGACUCCUACAAAACAUGUUGUAUUUAAAAUACAUUUGUUAAAACUUAAAAACGUAAAGUUUGAUUUUUGUGUUGGAAUUUUUGAAGUUUAAUCAGUGAAGGACAACCCUUAUUAUUUAUUAUUUAGAGCAGUUGUAUGCUUUGCUGUUAGAAAUUUUGGUAUUGGGGAAAUGGUUUAAGUAGGCUAUUGUAUAGAGUCCUUAGAAAUAGUGAGGCGAAGGGUAGUCUCCUUUCAAAUAAAAGUUAAUUUCUUUGAAAAUGGGACUGUCUCUUUAUUGUGGUACAAUGGGAAAAUAUAACUGGAUUAAUUUGGA